AUGCGGAGAUGUAACCUAGAAUAUGUUUAUAUUAGGUUAACAGAAAGUCUCCUGUGUUCUUUAGAGAAUACUAAGAAAGACGGUGGUAAAGUAACUUUAGUCUGUGAGAAGGAGCGAAAUCCGAAAAUUGUCGUGAAUAUUUCAGGAGUAGAAGCUGUAUAUGAACUUGAGCCUGAUCAUAGUUCAACGUAUUUUCCACUUAUUAAUGUGAAGAAAUCAGUAGGGAGAUUCCUGGGAAAUAUCCAGUAUAGAUAUAAGACUAAAGCAACUGAUGACAGUUUUGUUAGAGUACGUGAAAAUCUUCUGGAAGAAGUGGAAAACAGUCGUCAACAAAAAAUUAAAGUUCAGGAUUAUCAGUUGAAAUCGGCUUCUUUGAUCAAAGAUAAACGUAAUACAAAAGUUAAAAAAAAUUUAAAUCGGAACUCAGUUUCUGGUCCUGCUUUGAAAAUGGCGAAGGUUUCCAAAGGUAAACGUAUAACCAAAAAUCGGACAUUCCAUCAAAAAUUUCUUCCCCAUUGGAUAAAAAUUCUAAAACGAAGACUGAUGGAGAAACUAGGGAUUCACCUAAAAUUUCAUCUCACUCAAAACUGAAACCACCAGUUAGUACUAAAACCAAGCCCCGCGCUAAAAAGGUUCAACAAAAUGCAACCAAGAGUUCUAAAACUAGCAAAGAGUCUCUGAAAGAAAUUGAAGCAACUAUCCGCAGCAAGUGCAUAUCAGCUAUACAGAGGAGAACAGCAUUGGAACAACGUCUUCGCGAGGCCUAUGAAAAGACUGAUCUGUGUAAAAGAGAUAAGGAAAUCGAAGUGAGUUUUUUCAAGAAGAAAUUGUCGCAAUCAUGAUUUUCGUUGACUUAUAACCCACUUAUACGCUACUGCCUUCUUAUACAGAAAGUCUGGAAAACUCUACUUAAGUAACUAACCACUAAUGUAGCCAACCUUACUUACCACUUCAUUCGUAUUCGUCAAGCUGAUCAGUCACGAGGCAUCACUUCACACUUCACUAAUGAAAUGCAUGUUACUCAUCUCAAGGCAAGAUUGUGUAGUUUUCUUGUUGUAGACAGACAAAAAUAACUUGAACAGGUGAUUAGUCAUCAAAGAGGUAGAGAGUAGGGCCCAUCUUCAAAAUAUUGUCUGCGAUAAAUAGGAUUGAAAAGGAGAGGUGGAAAUGUAUCUCUGCAGUGUUAGUCACAACUUUUUUUGCG